AUAUGAGGAGACGAAGAUCAAAAAAACACUGAAGGCAACAGAAUAAAUCCAGUCUCAAGCAGACAGCUGGAUGAGUGUCAAACAAAGGAAGGAACAGCUGGAUCAAGUAAAGCACAAGGAAAAUUAGUUCCAUCCCUAGGGGGAGGGAGAAAGAUUGUUUCGCGAGACCAGAGCUGUGUGGGACCAACUUUACCCGAUAAAACUUUUACAUCAAAGUCAGGGGCAGAUCAGAAGGUCCCAGAGGGAGGGGAAAGAAAAGAGUGGGUGUUCGUAGUAAUUGUGCAGAAAGCGUUAGGGAAAGGAGGGAGGUGGAGUGUGAGUGCAGGGGGGAGAGCAGAGUGGGGAGGUGGGGGAUUGGCAGACGUAGGUGGAGUAAUUCUGCAGAAUAUGAGCUGCUGUCCACAGCUUUCUGGAUGUAAAUUGAUGAGGUCAUAGUGUUUUCCAGCUAAAAAAAAAAAAGUUAAAAAAAAAAGUCUUCAACUUGUUUUUCAAGAGAGACGAAAACACGGAGAAGCUGAAGAAAUGGAGCAACUAGCAAAACUCCUUCUGUGGCAAAUUUUGCUUCAGCAAAGUUCUGUUUAUUUAUAUUCAGUCCCAGCUGAUGCCUCAAACCCAGACAGCGUUGUAGUGUCAGUGUUAAAUAUCAGUGCUACAUUGGGGUCACAGGCUGUUCUGCCCUGCAAGAGUUACCGCAUGGUGUGGACCCAGGACCGUCUGAAUGACCGCCAGCGUGUGGUCCACUGGGAUGUGUACAGCAACUACUACGGAGAUAACAAGAUGGAGAGGCUAUGUGACAUGUACUCAGCUGGAGAUCAACGUGUGUACAGCUUCUACAACCAAGGGAGGAUAUUCAUGCCCCAGAAUGCAUUUACAGAUGGCAACUUCUCCUUGGUGAUCAAAGCUGAGGAUGCAAACCAGUACUGGGAUGGGGAAAAACCUGUGAUUGUUGCCCUAGAAGGCAGCACGGUGAUGCUCCCCUGUGUGAACCAUAACCACAUCUGGACCGAACGGCACAGUGAAGAGGAACAACAAGUGGUCCACUGGGACAGGCAGCCCCCCGGGGUUCCCCACGACCGGGCUGACCGCCUCAUUGACCUGUACGCCUCUGGUGAGCGCCGUUCUUACGGACCUCUCUUCAUCCGUCAGAAGAUGAACAUCACUGACACAGCCUUCGCCCUGGGUGACUUUUCCCUGCGGAUUUCAGAGCUGGAAAGUGCAGAUGAAGGCACUUACUCCUGCCACCUACACCAUCACUACUGUGGCCUGCAUGAGCGCAGGAUCUACCAAGUCUUUGUGACGGAACCAGUGAGAGAGAAGAAGGUGGUGAACCUCACAACUCACAACAUUGCCCCAGCCAUAGAUCCAAAUGUUGUCAGGGGCCACAAUGUAAUAAAUGUCAUCAUCCCUGAGAGCCGGGUGCACUUCUUCCAGCAGCUGGGCUACAUCCUGGCAACUCUGCUGCUCUUCAUUGUCCUCCUCAUCAUUGUGGUCCUCGUCACCCGCAAGCACCGGCAGAGAGGUUAUGAAUACAAUGUGAAGAAAUAUGGAGAGAAGGAUGUAAAUCUUAAAGAAUUUACAGUUGACACAACAGAUCUGACUCAAUAUAAAAGUGAAGACAUCAGGCUGGAUUACAAAAACAACAUCCUGAAGGAGAAGGCUGAGCAAGCCAGAAGCUUCCCAGCAAAGAACAUUGAUUUAGACAAAGAUUUCAGGAAGGAAUAUUGUAAAUGAAGACACUCCCAAGCUGCUGGCUGGACCAGAAGCUUCAAUCAAAGAUAGAUAAAUGGAAGAGAUGCCUUUUCUUAAUAUCAUGUUCCUCCAGUUACCAUAGAUUUUGUCACAUAGACUUUGUCCCCAGUGAGCACAAGGGUAUUUGCAAAUGCUUCUUGAAAGAGUUAGACCGACUGUCCUGUGUGUACUUUUGGUGGGUUUGGGUUGCCUUUUCUUCUUCUGUCUCCCAAUCCUUCAUUUCCCUUUUCUUUCUUGAUAUUAUUGUUGGGUUUAUGCAUCAAUGAAUUUUAUGAGCUGAAUCAGCAGACCUUUUGCUUUGAUGUUACUGCCUUAAAUAAACCAACCUGCAUCACUAA